AUGGAGCUCACCCUCGCAGAAAUCGACCAGCAAGAAGCAAACACAAUCCUACAGGCAUUCAACUCAGACAUUGCUUUUGAAAUUGGCUGCAGGUUGCGAACGCUGGCGCUGAAAGAGUUUGACAGGCCUGCCCUGCUCCAAAUUGUUUCAGCAACUGGCUUGGUCUACUUCCAGGCCAGCUCUCGCCCGGGCACAAUUAUAGACAACCAGUUUUGGGCAGAACGGAAACGUCGCACGGUGCUGCACUUUUACCGCUCGACUUUCUACCUUGGUACAAAACUCAGAAUCGAGGGCAGAGAGCUUUACAACACGUUCAAGCUCCCUGAGGAUCAGUACUCUCUAGCUGGAGGCGGCUUCCCUAUCAGAGUCAGAGGCACCGAGGGUGUUCAAGCGGUUAUUGUAGUCAGUGGCUUGAAACAGCACGAGGAUCAUGAUCUAUGCUACCGUGCUUUACGUGAAUACAUUGAGUCUGCCGAAGAAGCCGCCCUUUCUAUAAAACCGUCAAAAGAAGACUCAAUUGAAGCCUAG